UCUUGAAUGGAGGAGAGAAGAGACUCGAGGGUAAAGACCGAAACUCGUUGACCUGUUGACUUGUCAGUCUUGUUAAGAUUCCCGGUAAAACCACACUUGCAUUUCGCAGGCUCCGACUGAUUACUUUUUUUUUGUGUUUCAAUUGAUUGUUAACAGAAGAAUAGAAACGAUAAUCCAAAUCAGUAUCACCGCGAGGAAGCUGGCGGUGAGGAAGCUGGCGUGCAGCGCGCAGGAAAUGCCGUGCGGUGAACAAGCAUCAUGCGUGUACGCGUUAACACACAUUAACGUCGGCAUCAUAAAUCUUAUUUUUAGUGGGUCAUCACGAUAGUUUCGUUUUGUAUCGCGCGAUGUUAACACGCGUAAUUAUCGAUGUUUAGUCAGUUGUAGAGCACACGAAAACUUCUUCCGGACACGUUUACAUUUGGAACUGUUAACACGUGCGGGGCUUAACGUUAAUUUGCAAUUCACGUAGUUAAUAAAUUACGUUAAUUAGCUUGCAAUGAGGGGGAUUAGUGUGAUUAGUCUGAUCGGAUUUUGCAUGCUCGCACUGUUUGUUAAUAAUAACGGUGUAACGGAAGGUCACAGCGCGAAAGAUUACUUACGCGGUUUUUUAGCGUUAAAACAUCUUCCAGAUCUUCGACAUGGUAUUCUUCCAGGCACUCUUUGGUGCGGCCUGGGAGAUAUCGCCCGCGACGAUUCCGAUCUUGGCUUGUAUACGGAGAUGGACAAAUGUUGCAGAGCUCACGACCGCUGCGAGGACUAUAUACAGUCGAAAGCUACGAGAUACGGGUUGUACAACAAGUACUUUUGCAGAAGCUCAUUGUGCGAGUGCGAGACGCAAUUUCACAAUUGUUUGACGCAGCUACGCGGCAUGUACCCAUACGCCGUGAGAAGAAUAUACUUCAGAAAAUGCAAGCAGUGCUUUCGCACCUUCUACGAUCCCCAGGAGUGCACAAAUGAGGGCCUUGAUAUAAUCGAAGAGACGGACCGUAAGGGUCGCCGUGUUUUCUGCGCCAAGUUUGACCGAAAUCCAAAAUGGGGCCACCGAUACAUUACCACGCCGGCAUCGAUCCCCGCUACCAAACUUCCAACCGGGGACGAUGAUGAAUCUAUACAACUUGUUUCGCGCUUCUUUCCCGAGGACGACGAAAAAUAUUCGAACGACGAGGACGACGAUACCUACGACGAAAGUUAUACCUCGAUCGAAGACAAUUAUUAAUGCAUUUAAUGUUAAAGUUAACGCUCGCGUUUCUGACCAAAAUUCCCGAUAACGGGGAUCUAUUUGGAAAAGUUUUUUUAAGUUCCACAGAGGAUAAUUUCUUAAAAUAUCAAAAUACAGGGUGUUCGGCGAAAUAGUUUGCGAUUUUAAACGCUUCCAAUAAUUUCAGAAAAGAGGUUGAAAGUUGAACAUUCAUCUGUUUCAUGCUGGCUACAUAUAAUAAAAAAAGAUUGAAAAAUUUUUUUUAUAAAAAAUCAAGUAGGUUAUCUUGCAUUUUUUAAAUAAUAUCAUAUAUAUUUUUUUAAUAAUGGCGUUAAGACGAAUUCAAUGUACUACCAAGAAUGUCACUUUUAUUGAUUUUAUCGAUAUACAUAAACUUAUCAUAAAUAUCCAUCAGCAAAGAAUACCAAUCAUGAACGCAAAUCAAUAAAGAAAAACUGUAACUUAUGUAAGCAAAUGUUUGCUUCCUUCUGCAAUACAAAAUUCUGCUCUUUUUAAAGAAAUUACUAUGCGUAGCAGCUCUUAAACUAUUUGGAUCCAAAGUUGCAUAAGUUGUAAUUGUUCUUUCUUGAAGAUCUUGAAUAUUAUUUAUAUUGAUGUGUUUGAUGUACCUACAAGAGAUUGCAGAUAUUCCCGUAAAAAAAAUCUGUCGAAGAACUUGCCGGCCAUCGGAUUGAGCCACAUGUAUUAUACUUAUAACAUGUUUCAUCAAUAAAAUUUAUUUGCAUGAAUUAUAAUCUUUCUUUAUUAAUGGAUAUUUAUGAUAGAUAUGUAUGUCGAUAAAAACAAUAAAACAUUAUUAAAAGUGACAUUUUCAAUAGACGUUUUUUGAAUUCACCUUAAAGACUCCAACAAAUAUUAUGAUAAAAAAUUGUAUGAGGCUAUUCAAAAAGGUGACUUUAACUUUUUAUAGAAAUAUUUUUUUUCAAUUUUUUUUAUCACAUGUUAUAGCCUGCAUAAAACAGAUGAAUAUUCCCUUUUAAUUUUUUUUUUAAACUAUCGAAAAUGUCUAAAAAAUCGUGCGGGCCGUUACGAACAGCAUAUACGCAUAUACGCACCAGUUUUAAAUAUUAAGAAAAAGUACAUAAAAAUUAAUGUUCGGUUUUAUAUCCGAAAAAAUUAUUUUUUAAAUAUAUUUCUCUUUUUACAACAGCUUGUCCAAACGGUUAAUUAAAUGGUUUUAUUAUAACGUA